GUCACAAGCCUACCUGGACCACAGCAGACAGUAUAAGAGGUUCACCUGAGUGGUCUGGGACUCAUACCUGACGGAGACUCACCUGAGAGGGAGACGCACAGGUGGACAGGUGACCAUGCGUCUGUGGAUGUUACUGAGUCUCACGGCUGCCAUGGGUGCAGUGUGUUCGGAGUCUCUUAACUGUAGUUACCUGUCUCUGCUGGAGCACCUGGGGGUGGGAUCCAACAACUACAGCCUCUCAGCCACCCGCCCUGUCAGGGACUGGAGGACUCCCACCUACGCCACUGUAGACCUUUACCUCUACGUCAUCAUAGACGUGGAUGAGAAGUUCCAGAGCUUCACGACCGGAGUGCUGCUGACUGUUUUCUGGGUAAACGAGCUCCUCCGCUGGGACCCAAAGGACUUCUGUGGGAUCAGCGAGAUCAGUGUUCCCAAAGCCUACCUGUGGAGACCCGACUUCAUGAUCAUGGAGAGCAUUGAGAUGAAAGAGAGGAAUGUUGAGAGCACCCAAGUCAACCUGCUGUCAGCUGGCUACACCGUCUCUGGAGACAGCUACAAGCUCACCAGCACCUGCAAGAUGGAUCUCUACAAGUUCCCCUUCGACACACAGCGAUGCGAACUCACCGUCAUGUCCUUCCUGUACAAAAAUCACCAUCGCCAGGAUGCCCCAGCUGUACAUCAUUAACUUCCUGGUUCCCGUCUUGGUCUUCCUGGUUCUGGACCUGGUGUCCUUCUUCAUGAACGAGUCCAGAGGGGAGAAGCUGAGCUUCAA